GCACGGCCCGGUCCGUUGUAGUCCACUUCAUUGCAGUAGAUUAAUUUUAAAUAUAAUGUUUACUUGCUCAUUAUUGUAACUAUCGGACUCUCAGACGUUUUAAAGAAAGGAAAUGCAUGCAUGCCAUCUGUAGGAUUGCCAUCACGUCAUAGCAGUCAUGCACAUGUAACUGAAGAGCUUAAAGUGUGUGUCAAUAUCAUUGCAGCCAUGCUGUCGAGACUAAGCACGAGUGUGAGGCCAUGUGUGAGUGUGUGUCGAUGGGUUCACACUAAAGAGAAGGGGAAACCUCUGAUGCUCAACCCACGUACCAACAAGGGCAUGGCGUUCACUCUGAAGGAGCGACAGAUUUUGGGCAUUCAUGGUCUGUUGCCACCAAAGAUAGAGACACAGGACACACAGGCCAUGCGCUUCCAGAAGAACCUGAAGAAGAUGUCUGAUCCUCUGCAGAAGUAUAUCUACCUGAUGGGGAUUCAGGAGAGGAAUGAGCGUCUCUUUUACCGCGUGUUGAUGGAAGAUAUCGAGGCUCUGAUGCCCAUCGUCUACACGCCAACUGUUGGCCUCGCGUGCACACAGUAUGGACACAUCUUCCGUCGGCCAAAAGGUCUGUUUAUAUCCAUUAAGGACCAAGGACACAUUCGUUCCAUAUUGGAAAACUGGCCAGAAACUACUGUAAAGGCUGUAGUUGUGACAGACGGUGAGCGUAUCUUGGGUCUAGGAGAUCUGGGAGUGUAUGGGAUGGGUAUUCCUGUUGGAAAGCUGUGUCUGUAUACUGCCUGUGCUGGAAUCCGCCCUGAGAGUUGCCUGCCGGUCUGCAUUGAUGUGGGCACUGAUAAUGAGACGUUACUGAGAGACCCGUUUUACAUGGGUCUGUACCAGCGGCGGGACCGCUCUCAACGGUAUGAUGACCUCAUAGAUGAGUUUAUGGAGGCUGUGGUGGAAAAAUAUGGACAGGACACACUCAUCCAGUUUGAGGACUUCGGGAAUCACAACGCCUUUCGCUUCCUGAAGAAAUACCGUGAGAAGUACUGCACCUUCAAUGAUGACAUCCAGGGCACUGCAUCUGUAGCUCUGGCUGGUUUACUGGCAGCUCAGCGUGUUGUGGGGAAGCCAAUAACUGAACAUAAAGUUCUGUUUCUGGGAGCUGGAGAGGCAGCUCUUGGAAUUGCUAACCUGAUUGUCAUGGCGAUGAUGGAGUUGGGGGUGUCUCAAGCAGAUGCCAGAAAGAAGAUCUGGAUGUUUGACAAAUACGGUCUGCUAGUAAAGGGCAGAGCUUAUGAGACAGACGGUAAUCAGGAGGGUUUUGUUCAUGCUGAUCCAGGGGAUGUGAAAAGCUUCUUAGAAGCCGUCAAUGUCAUUAAACCCACUGCGAUUAUUGGUGUGUCAGGAGCUGGCCGGCUCUUCACUCACGAUGUCAUCAAAGCAAUGGGCAGCUUAAAUGAGCGACCAAUAAUCUUUGCCCUGAGUAACCCCACUGCCAAAGCAGAGUGUACAGCCGAAGACGCUUACAGCCUCACACAGGGUCGUUGUUUGUUUGCCAGUGGCAGUCCAUUUGCACCUGUGUCAUUAGAGGAUGGCAGAAUACUGACCCCUGGACAGGGCAACAAUGCUUAUAUAUUCCCAGGUGUUGCUCUGGCUGUGAUUCUCAGUGGAGUCCGACACAUCAGUGAUACGAUCUUCCUUGAGGCAGCAAAGACACUUGCGGAUCAGCUAACAGAUGAGGAGCUGAGUCAGGGCCGACUCUAUCCACCCCUGUCCAACAUCAGAGAGGUGUCUUUACAGAUGGCUGUCAAGGUGGUGCAGUAUGUAUAUUCAAACGGAAUGGCGUUCAGAUACCCGGAGCCUCUGGAUAAGGAAGCUUACGUCCGAUCAAUUGUGUGGAACACCCACUACGAUUCGUUUGUGCCCGACGUGUACAGCUGGCCCGGUGUAUCUUUCAGCCCCAUAGUGGACUAGACGAACACGAGGGAACAUGCACGCGAGACAAGAACAAAAAGAAGGAAGUUUAAAUGCUACAGUUUUAGGCACUCCAUGUUUCCCUGCAGCUUCUGCCUAUUGUAGUAUUUAUUCAUAUUUCUGACCAUUUAUUUCAAUUUAAACCUGUUAAGAACACGUCCAGGUCACAUUUCAAUCCAAAAUUAUAAGAAGUAUGAACACGAAGACCUGUUUUAAUAGUGGCAGUAUUUCCAUAACAAUUAAGCACCCACAUUACUGUAAUGCAAAAACAAUUAUAUGUUAUUUAAUCUCUAAAAUAGUUGUGCAUUAUGGCUGUAUUUGUUCUACUGCCUUUCAUUAAUGCUUUAAUUUAUUGUAAUACAGUAGAAAUGUACUGUACAGUAAUGAGAUGUCUAUUGAGAAUCAUGUCAGUUACAUCAACAAGUCCAGAUGCAUUACCGUAAUGAGGAUUUUGGAAGGACAUUUGCUUGAUUGACAUGACAAAUAAUGCCACAAUGCAAAAAAAUGGUCUUUUAUUUUCUUUAAGCAAAAUACAGUUCCUUAUUGUUUUUUUCCUUUGAUUUUGGGGUGAAAAGUGACACGUUUUCUUGAGAUUCAACCUUAUAGUAUUUUAUACAGCCAUUGCCCUUGUGUUUUGUUAAACUGUGUGCCUUGUCACUCCUCUUAAGUGUUUAUAUGCUGCGUGCAAUGUAAUCUUUUCUCCAUAUACUCAUUGUUUUUGUUUUCUGUUGUUUCCAAUGAAGAAAAAGAACAAGAGACAGAAUAAUAUUAUCAUCCACCGUAUCAUGCUGUUAUUGCAUUAUGUCGUACAUCUCGUUCUCUGUGGCCGUGACUGAACUGUAAUAGUUUUUAGAUCAUUGACUAGCAUCAAAUAUUUACACACUUAUAUCAGAUCGUGUCUUGUAUCGCUCUAUAUAACAGCUGAGGCCCAUUACAUGUGGGCACAUUACGUUAAUAUACUGUCAGCCAUUGUCAUUGUUGCGAAAUAAACCCUGGCAGGGUCAUUUUGUGUCACCCUGGAGUGCUUUAUUUUGGGAUAAUGGCAGGUUGACUGUACUUUAUCUCACUUAUUACAUGGCAGCUUACAAAAUAUAUAAAUAAAUGGACAAUAAAUGUUGAUUUGAAGUGAAGUGAUGCGAAAGGCAUGAAACUAGCACAGCUAUGUAGGAAAUCCGUAGCCUGCGAUACGAUAUAGCGGUCAUUAUACAAAUAUAUUUGACCGCAGAAUGACCGGUCAAAACCAGUCAAUCGGAAGUGCCUGCUUUUACAUCAUUCCAUAAGUCACCACACACACAUAUAUAUGUUAAUUAUUUUACACACCAAUCUGUGCUCAGUAGCCAAAGAUCACAAAUUAGAGACAAGUUUAUAGAUGUAUUGAAAAGCAAAGAUGAUUUAUUUUUUCUUACAACAGCAUUUCGUGCAAAUGUUAAAUAUCUAGUUAGCACAAUCGUAACCAGGACCAACACUGAAGCAAAGCUAAUAUAGUUUCAUCAGCCAAUUUACCAUUUUUUGGUCACUGUGAUAACAUCUGUGUUAUAGACCAGUCAUGAUGUUAUAAAUAUUUAUGAAUACAGUUGUAGAGUGCUAUCAUCUCACCAUCCUCAGUGCUAGAUUUUAUAAAUGCCAUAGUGUCUGAAACGCAACAUGUAAGUGAGCAGCUCAGAACAAGUGCAAAAUAAACACUUUUGGUCUAAUUUUGUUGUAGACACUGCUGAUUCAUUGGCUCUCCUUACAGUAUAUUAACAAUGUACCCUUUAAAAUAUUGUUUUUAAAGUAACCUUUUCAAAAUAAAAAAACACUUGUUUCAU